AUGUCUGCCGUCCCAAGUGUUCAAACCUUCGGUAAGAAGAAAUCUGCUACAGCUGUUGCCCAUGUUAAAGCUGGUAAGGGUUUAAUCAAGGUUAACGGUUCUCCAAUUACCUUAGUUGAACCAGAAAUUUUAAGAUUCAAGGUUUACGAGCCAUUAUUAUUGGUUGGUUUAGAUAAGUUUGCCAACAUUGACAUCAGAGUUAGAGUUACUGGUGGUGGUCACGUUUCCCAAGUCUAUGCUAUUAGACAAGCCAUUGCUAAGGGUUUGGUCGCUUACCACCAAAAAUACGUCGAUGAACAAUCCAAGAAUGAAUUAAAGAAAGCCUUCACUUCUUACGAUAGAACCUUGUUGAUUGCUGAUGCUAGAAGACCAGAACCAAAGAAAUUCGGUGGUAGAGGUGCUAGAGCUAGAUUCCAAAAAUCUUACCGUUAA